GUUAUGAUUAUGAUGAUGAUUUUGACAGUCCCAAAGGGUUCGGAGACCGUACUGUUGUACGAGGUGUUCAGAAGAGCACAGUACAGAAUGUCAAUAUAGUGAACGAUAUCAAUAUAAACGUAAACAUUAAUGGAAUGACGGAAAUAUCGACAGUUUGUGUUAAUGUGACAGAGAUGGUUGAACGAAAUGAUGAGUUUACGAAGACCGUAACGGGAAUUAUGGACGAUGUAUCUAAAGCUGAGAGCAUCACCGAGGUCAUGGACAGUAUAACGGAAGCAGCAUUGAGUAAUAACAAACUACUCGAAGACAACGGAUCUGGAAACGGGAUGGUGAUAGUAGUUUGUAUAGUGGGAGGAGUGUUGUUCUGCGUGAUAAUUUUGGCUGUAUAUCUUCGGUACAGGAACAGUAAAAGAUAUGUUACUGAGAGGAAAGGAUGUUGGAAAGGAUUGGGAGAUGGAUUACCAAGUUGUGGAUUGGGUUGGUUUAAGGGUUGGUGCUGGAGAGAUUGCCGAGAUAUUGAGGAUAAGAGUGCAAAUGAAGGGUAUUUGACCCCUAGAAGGGUAUGAGACGAAGAGAGUAGAGAAGGAAAUGAUUGCUGUCUUGCAGCUGACGCGGUUGGGGGUAAUUUAGAGGGAAGGAACGGAUUAGAGAAUCAGAACUACGGAAGAUUGGAUGGAGAAACUUACAAUAUUUAUGAUGAAGUGACCGGAGAAGACUGUGAAGAUGGGAGAGUGUUGUCUGUGAAUGUCAACGGCAAAGAUUCUUGGUACAAAUGAAAUAGGUGUAAAUAAUAUUAUACUAAACAAGAAUUUGAUGCCGCGGAACGAGGAAGUGAGUAAAGAUAUUGACAAGGGAAACGUGGGUCUCGUUGAUGUGAACAGGCUAGUUGUCCCACAGCCAGGGGGAAAUGUUUGUAUGCUGGGAGUAGGAGAAGUGGAUCUUGGAGGGGUCGAGAACAUGUUAGACGGGCAGAACGUAAAUAUGCAAGAAGACAACGAUCGAGAGGAGUUGGGAGGAGUCGAAACAUGUCCAAGCGGGGAAUAUAUGAAUAUGCAAUUAGAAGAUGAUCGACUGGAUAUCUGUGCACGGGGGAGUGACACGAGUAUUGAAGCAAAUGAGCAUAUGUCAGACUUUCUGAAUAGCACUUUGAUCUCGAAAGGAUUCGAGAAUGACGUCAGGCAAGCUAUUUCUGAAGUAGAUGCUGAGCAAAGGAGAGGCAAUGAUCGACUGGAAAAGGUCCUUGAAAGUCUGGAAAACAAGAUUAGAAAGGAAAAGGAAGAAACUACACAAAUGUUACAGAGUGUUAGCGAAAUGUACGAAGAUACCCCGCGCAGAUUGCAGAGGUUAGCUAAGAAGAAUUUGUUGAAAGAACGAGGAAAUUGAAGUUUGAAUAAAGGAAAAGAAAGCGAGAAUUGAUCAAACGAAUAUUAGAAGAAAAUCAUAAAUGUUAACGUGAAAUAUUGUCAGAAGAGUAAUUGGUUCAAAACCGUAAUUGCAAUAAAGCAAAAAAAAAGUGAUAAUUUUUUAUAUAUAUUAUAAGUCUUCUGUGUUUGCUUAUAGAAGUUGAAAACUCAAAUAAAAGUUAAAGGAAAGAGUA